GUCUAGUCUAGAACAACUGCCAGAUAUUAAAGGUUAAAAGGUCAAUUUCAUCAGCUAUUAUAAUUAUGUCUAGCGGUCAUCUGACUUUCAUGUGAUCAUCUACCAUUGAUGACAAGCUCGUUUAGAAGUCUAUGAGCACUCCCCAUUGAAGAAAGUUUGAGAAAAUGAAGCCUGUCCUGAGUUAAGUUGUGGGUGGAUAUAAUGUCUUCAGCAGCAAAGACAGCUGACCUGUUCCAGUGGAUAGCUGUCAGUGAGGACAGGUUACUCCUUCAUGAUGGUCUUGUCUGUGUUGCUGAUCUCGUCGAAGUUCCAAAUGGAGUUACUGAAUUAGGAGAAGACGACUACGAAUUACCGGUCCUUGAUGGAAAAACACCAACUGAGUUAGCUACAAUAAUACAAAAAGAAUGUAGCACGAAAAACACUGCUUAUGCUAGUUUAAUAGAGUACAGACGAAGUGCCCUAAAGGGUUUAUGGCGAGCAUUGAAAGAGUCCCAAUCAAAGCGAGCCUCCAGUGCCAGUGAAAUGAACACCAUCUCUCAAUCGUCCAAUACCCAGGCUGGUUCCUUUGCAUCUCGGAUCAGCCUUAUCCUUAUCUUUCCAAUGCUCAAGUCCCUCAGUGUAGUAGACCCAGGGUUGUCAUCGGAGACUGCUCACAUCUUAUUGGAGUCACUGCGUGCGUGUGAGCCACUUACUCUCAGCUCAGAGCCUCAAGAAUGCAUCAGUGGGCUGGAGAGCAUGCUCAGAUCAUGGCUGGCCUCAGCACAAGAGGGGGCAGGGGAUGCUUCUUUGGUGCAGAAUGCUGCAUCAGCACUUGUGGCACUCGGAGUGGCUGUUGGGACCGGGAGCUUGCUGCUGCGUACUGUGCACAUGCUUCAAUCUCUGGAGACCACUUACCCAGAGCUCAAUCUUCUAGUACCAGGCAUACUGGACAAACUGCUUCAAGAAAGAGAUAAUCAGGAGGAGUCAUCCACGCUUACAGCUGAUGUCCAUUUCCUCUGUUGGAGCUAUGAUGAUGGUCUCGUACAAAGCACUGAAAAAGAGGGAUCAGGAUCCAGGUCGAUUGCCUUUAACGGCCAAUUUGUUUAUGUGACCAGCUCGUCACUAAAGCACUUGCUCAAAAUGGGCACUGGAAAGCGUGGCACUAUCCGAGGAUACGUGUACGCCUCUCGGGAGAUAGCUCCAGGGUGGGUCCUGUUGGUGGGAAGACAGUUGCUACUGUUCCAGCUACGUGAGGAGGGGGGAGAGGAGAUCAUCACCUGCACUAGGCUGGACACUGACACAUUAGAGUUGUGUGGAGGUGUGCAAAUGGUGGAGGGUGUGUCGGAGCAGCUGCACACAGUGCAGAUCCUCUCUGAUGGGUCAUUUGUCUACUGGUUGUACGCUCUCAAGUCCACUGAGACCAUCCCUCACCCUCUCAGCUCAGAGAAGCUCAAGCAGCACCCCGUUUAUGUGCAGGCUCUCAAGAUGGAGUACCCAGAGUCAGACAGUGAUGACCAGCCGACACUAGUUCCUCAUGGGGAGCGCAAGUAUAUUUUUCGCACAAUAGCUGACAUUGAGAAGAAUCCUGAUGUGAUGAAGGCUCUACUGAGAAACAACCCAUCUCAUGCUACCGGCAACGCGUCUGCUCUCGCCUCCUUAGUGGCCCAGUCCAAAGAUGACAGCACCCCUCUGACGAGUAUGGGUCUCUCUAUCCACACCAUUCGACGGAGUACGGCCUACACAACUGGCUCCUCCCUCGUCCUCCUCUGUGCCCCGUCCAGUAGUGGGAGUGGUCGUGCUGGGUUGUUUGGAGCACAGAGUCACUCAUCAAAGGCUCUCUGUUACAACUUCUGCUAUAGUCUGCACACAGGAAAGCUUGUCUCUCAGGCCGAUCUCCAGUCUACUAGUCAGUUACACUGUGCCCUCACUCGAGGGGCUGGCCUCGCAAAUAUGGCUGCUUGCUAUGAUCCCCGCAACCUGUGCGUGUGGACAACCAACGAUGAUUGGAUAGACGUGUGGAACUGUGCUGGGAAGGUCAAAGUUUCAUCCCACCACUUAGACGAACGUCUGGGAAAACUAGAACGGAACAGUGACCCACAACUGGAACAAAAUGAAGACAACUCCCACACACUUUGCAUAACUUCGGCCAUUUCCUUUCUACUGAGACACAUAGGGGUGGAGUCUUGCCGCCUAGUUCCGGGGCUUGAGUUUCCUAACUUAGUGCUGCACUCACUACCUCUGUCGUUCCUGAGUCAGUGUUGUGACCUACUGGGGAGUAGUGUGGCGGUGGAGAGUUGGGGCAAUGUACAAGUCAUCAUUGUCACUCUACAGGCUGUGCUCCCUGCUUUCAUCAGUAAUCCAUCCUUUACUGAGGAGCAGCUGUCUCCACUCAAGGAAAGGGUUUGGAGUUUGGUGUGGGCUCUCCUGCUCAACAAGGACUGUCCUGCUCCCCUGCUCACCGAGGUCCACAGAAUCAUCAGUCGAAAUGCUGAAAUUCUGUUCCUGACGGACCCGGAAUCCCCAACCUUCAUCAACACUCUCCUGGAAGCUGACUCCCGUAGUCCUGAGUUGGUAACCUUGAGGGACGAGCUUCUCACCAACCUGGUCUCCAGUAUGCAGACAUCAUUCACACCCUCCCCUGCACACAUCAGUGUGAUGCCCUUACUGAGGGAGUCGGUGCUGACUAACUCCAUUGACCCGCUGAGAAAGUGCUUCCAGUUGCCAGAGGAUCAGCUAUCCACUCUGGCUGCACUCAGCCCUGUGAUGACACCCAGUUUACACUGUGCCUCCAUGCUCAUGAGCCUGAGUCUCCGACGAGUGACCUUUGCGCUUCAAGAGACUGACAAGAAAGAAAGUGAAGCGUCAGACAGCGUACAAGAUGAUGAUGAGCUAACAAUCGAAUUGGAUGCUGCUCGGGAGGCAUUAUUAGGACUCUGUAAAGACAUGCGUCUGUUCGCUUCCUGUGAGGCCACUCUACAAGAGCUCAUCAAACUAGCUGCUACUCUCCCCUCUGCUCAAGAGUCCCCGUCAGAAACAACCACCGAAGAGGAGGAACAAAGCACCCACAUUCAGUUUCGAUUGUCGGCCAUUGACCGGGUCUUGAAAAGCUCAGCUCUGGGCUGUGUGUUACAGCCCCUACUGGUAGUGAUCAGUGAUCCCUCAGUAUGCACUCUACAAAUGGCUAACGCUCUGCAAAGGCAACUCAGCUCUCUGGCGCAACUCACUGCACAGUCAUGUGGUUUGCUGUAUGGUAGUGAGUCACUGGAGGUUCGUGUUCCCUCCCCCUGGGCUACAGGACGCACAAUCGAGACCAUUCACCCUGUCCGCGACACCUACAAGUACAAAGAAACAGUCACCUUUCCUGGGGCAAAGAACCUCUACCUCAAGUUUGAUGCUCGCUCCUCCUCCCAGUAUGACUAUGACAAGGUUAUAGUGUAUGCUGGAGACACUCCUUCGUGUCCCAAAGUGGCUGAGUAUGGGGGGAAUACUCAUGGCUUUGGCAGCAGGAGUGUGCUCGGGAAAGGAUGGCCAAAGGAUCUUGUCAAGAUUGAGGGUUACUCAGUAACACUUACGUUUGAGAUGAAGAGUGGUCGAGAGCACAGUACUCCGGACAAAGCUAUGUGGGGGUUUGCCUGCACAGUACGCCCCCAGGAGUCGGCAGACGACACUGCAAGUGGUCUACCCUUUGUCACAGACCUAUAUCUCUCUCUCAUUUCCGUGUGCUGCUCUCUGAUUGGACGACUCUAUUCCGGACCUCACCCCAAUGAAGACGAACGCAAGUGCAAAGAUUUACUUAAGUAUCCACUGUUACACAAAUGCCAAUGGCCAGUUGAACAAGGAUCACCCGACAACUUACCACUCGAUUCAAAAGCAUUUCCAUUUUUCACUCCAUCUCCACGCGAACCAUUACCACUAAUUGUGGUUGACAAAUUAAGAACAGCAGGCAUUAAGCCUCGCCCACUUUUGAGACCCAGCCACCAAGAACUCAUAUGUCCACAAACUUUAGAGGAACUUAUUGUCACCGUGUGCCUGAAGCAGCAUGGUCUAGGAUCCCCCCUGCAGAUCCUCGGACAAAAGUCGUGUCUAGACACGCAUACAGCCCUACUAGAGGCUAUUUUCACGCGGAUUAAUGGUCUAGAGCGCAGACUACAGGCACUGGCCGAGUUAGAGGGAAACUGGUGGCAUGACGUAGAAGAUAUGUGUCAUUCCGAUAAAGCCACAACAUCAGAGGCUUUCUUUUUCUCUCUGCUGCAAAACGAGAGCUCUCUGAAGAGCUUUGAGUUGCUGUGUGUUCUGAAAAAGAUAGAGGCAAAUCACGGUGACCUGGUGUCGACGGCCCAGCAGCUACAAGACCUGCUGGAGUUGGAUGUGGAGAGGAGGCGGGCGGGGAGUGGUGAGCCACUCGACUACACGCCAGUGACCCGGACCCUAGUGAAAGGGAUUCAAGAGAGAGUACAGCUACUACUUAACAUUACAAUUUCCCACACUGAAGGAUCGGCUUCCGUCAAGGAAGGGGGGGGCAUGGCUAAAGAAGAUCUUCUCUCUUCUGGAUCCACAUAUACCCGAUCUAUAUCAGCCCCUCCCUCCACUGUGGAUGUGAGCAUCAGGAGACAGAGAAGUUGGGGGCCAAAGUCUGCCAACAAAUUGGCGCUGUUGGACAUGGCCAUCUCAGCUGACCAGUCAAGUUUGCUCGAUCAAAUUUUCCAGUUCAUAGGCAGCAAACCUGAAGAAGCAGCCUCAUGUGAUAGCUUCCUCUCAGCGGCCAGUCAGCACUGGCGCAGGGGUGUGUGUCGUGUUCGAGCCCUGGGCCACUUGCAGCAACUACUGAGCAGUGACUAUGUUGGUUUGGCCGUUGAGCAGCUACUGGCGUCUGUGGGAGUGGUGCUUCAGAAGGGGCCGGGCGUACAGGACAUUGCAUGUGGGGGGAUGGGAGAGAGAGUGCGAGAGGUGUUUGGGAGUGUGAUGCGAGCCGUGGUGGAGUUAGCCAGCAAGCAGCCAGCCUCCUGCAUUAACACCAUUGCCAUGCUCUGCAUUGUACCCUUCACUCGACUGGAGGAGGAUUGUCUGGUGCGCAGUGGGCUUGUUAAACUCCUCGAUCAUCUGUGUAGUUUGGUCGACACUAACAAGCCAUUAGAUGUAGGUGGAGCAGCUGACGAGUCCAUUCAUCGUGUGACUUCUCUAUCUUGGGCUUCGUUUCAAGUAUUGGCAGAGCAAUGCGUCUCUUGGGAGAAUCAAGACACCACCCUCUCCUCAGGACUGGCUCAGCAAGUAUCUCAUCUCCUCACAAACCAUCUCUCCCGUGCUAUGGAUCGGCUGGUGGUGUCAGAGGGUGGGGCCUCGGAGAGCUUACAGGAUGCCCUCUCCCUCCUAUUGGGACUAGCCAAGAGUCAAAUGGGCAGGGCCAUCCUUUCACAGCCAGCCUGUGUCUCAAAGCUAUUGCUCCUGCUCACAGAUCAGAGGCCUUCCCCCAAGCUGGUACUGAUAGCGUUACAGCUGUGUCGAAUUGCCUUGCCCCUAAUGAGUAUGGCUGACUGCUCACAAGUGGAGGUACCCCCUCAUCUCCUCACGACAGAGCUGACCUCAGAAGGGGGGAAGACUGGAUCUGGUGUGGCCGGGCAGAUCGUUGGGCUCUUUCUCUCAAAAUUAGCAGAGUACAUUGUGCCAGACUCAUCACAGGUUUCCAACAAGGCAGUGACUGAUGACUCGGGGUCACUGGAGGAGGCGGAGCACCUAUCACAAGGCCCAACCCACAAGGAGGAUGAGUUUGAGCAGGAGAGCGGACAGGCCUCAGUCUAUGUUUACAAGAGGGAGAAUGAGAAUGCAGCAGACAUCCUGCAACCCCUCAUCAGUCAGGACCCCAGGCAAUUCAGACUGAGUGGAGGUGAUCGGAUGCAGCAAGUGAUGGCAAUGGACCGUGCCCUAACACAGAAUGGGGUCGCAGAGGUCCUCACAGACUCAUAUCGUUCCUGUGUGCGUCGUUCCCUCCGCUGGGCCAACAUGGGAUUCACAGUCAGUGUGGGGCCACCCUCAGUGGGAACAGGGGAAGUUGCGGGCUCUGGGGUCGAUAAGAAAAAGGCCAAGUCUGAGUUAGCUGCUAGGAAGAAGAACGUCGAAUUGCUCAAGACGGAUCCCACUCGGCCAUUUGUUAGUGGACACGUUGCCUACUCUUUGGCCUCUGAAGUGAUUGGUUUAUUGAAUGGACUACUGACUGAACCAGGUGCUGCUGAAGUGUGGGGCAAAGCCAUCAAGAGCUCAAUGUUACAGUCGCUUGUGUCCGUUCCACUACUCUCACCAAAAAUAGCCUCAUACACAGAAUCGGUUAGCAAUACAGUGUCCAAAGGUGGUACCCCAUCACCACCUGGUGAUCUACUCUCUUCAGCGUGCAUAGCCAAUGCGACAUUUGCUGCUUUGGGAGGAUUCAAGGAAAGCAUUAGACCAGGAUUGAAGGUGCAAGUGGUCGGAGAGGGUUUGGAAGGAUCCAAUGGAGUUAUCCAGAGCAUAUCCGAGCGUCGUGGGUUGGCCAAUGUGCAAUUUGGAGAUGAUGAGUUGUGCUUCGGUGCUAACAAGACUCUAGAAGUGCCUAUCUCUCGUCUUCUCCCGCCUCACAAGGAUACGAUACCACUGGAGCAACUUGGACUCCAAAAAGAACUCUGUAAAGCCAUUAUGUCCCUCUUAGACACCAUCACACCCUCCCCAACUCAUGCCAGCACUAACGCUGAUGCCAACACUUCCCCUCUUGGUCUGUGUCGUCUGUUCGCAGAGAUAAGGACUCGUGCGUGUGUAGCCCUAUCUCAUCAUGUCCAGGACCCAAAAUUUGCUCAGGUGUUUUUGGGCGAGAGCGACAAUAACAAGAUGUGUUUGGAGAAGCUGUCUGAGCAAGCUCGAAGCUCCAGUCCUGGUGUGAGGUUGUCUUUGGUGGAGCAGCACUGUCAUGGCCUGAGGAUGCUGUAUAGGGACUGCAGCAGACCAGCAGCACCCAGAGUAGAGAGGGUCAGGAGAGAGCCCAAGCAGUUCAAACUGGACGUGACUCGAGUGUGGCCUCCUGUGACCUCGUGCUCCUUCACGCACAACCUCAUGUGCGUCACUUACCAGGGUCCAUCCGGAUUCACUCCUCAUGCUCCCGCUAACCUCAGUAGUGGGGAUACACCCGCCACCGGGCAACCAAAGGGCGUGGUCAUCUACACCAACAUGGCCAUACCAUCACAGGCUCCAUCGUUCUACUGGGAGCUGGAGGUGGCACAUCUGGGCGAGAGCUCAGCUGAUACAGCACAUGUUGCCAUGGGAUACUCCCCGAGCCCUGGAGAUGGUGGAGGAGAGCAAUGGCUGUAUCCAGUUGGGUCCUGCUUCAUUAGAAGCUCUGGUCGAGCGUGUCAGGUAACUGGCGACAAUUCUAUGGAGUGGAACACAUUUCGCCUGGACUCCCCACUCAAGACUGGUGAUGUUGUGGGGUGUGGUUGGGUGCAGGGAGAGGAGGGUGGAAUCAGUACUGUCUACUUCACACUCAACGGGGAGCGGCAGGGGACAGAGUUCAACGAUGCUCCACCCAACAUGUUUCCAUUCCUACAUGUACAGAAAAAAGCCGUUCGCAUGAGGGCCAACCUUGGAGAGCGUGCCUUCCUCUACGCUGGAGGCUCCAUCCAUAGAGAGGCAGCCAACAUUCAGGAGGACAGUGAGUCUGCUGAGACUGUGCUGGCUCACUUUGGAGCUCUCCCUUUCUCUGUGGGGGUUAGUGAUAGUGAGGGGGAGAAGGAGGGAGAGGAGGUCACAAAGGUGGCUGGUGGGGCAAGUGUUGUCGAACUGUCACACACCGGCCCUCCCACAAGAAAACUCAAACCACCCAUUGCUACUGUGGGCUAUGACUAUGAAGCAUCUCAAGCCUACCAGCCCACUUCCUCGUUUGACACCAUGCUGGAGAGUGGGCCAUUGGUUCGCCCAGGAGGGGGUGUGGUCGAGUCUGAGGAUGUUGAGGAGGAGGAGGGGCCAAGCACUGCCGGAGAGGAGGACCUUCACGCCCUCCUAGUGAAGGCCUGGGAGGCCAAGGUCUUCCCCGUCAUUCAAAGGCGGUUUAGGAACGAUCAGGAGAGAAAGUCUGGCCUGGAGCAGAUCAAGGGAGCACUGCAACUAGGCAUGGAGAGUAUUGCACAAGAGACAGUCGAGUUCCUGUACGAAGAAAAUGGAGGGAUACCCAAGGACCUGCGUUUACCCACAAUGGAUGACGUGAAAGCUGAACUUGGAAAGUUCACAAUCUCUCGAAUCAGGAAGGGCUCGGCGGUGGUGGUGCAGAAAGAACUACCUUGUUUACGGUGUGGGGUCAGAGCCAUGCAAAAGACGCAGGGACUCACUGGGAUUGUGUUAGAUGUUGACCAUUCAAAUGAGAUCAUUCAGAUUGAGUGCUACCUACAAAACGAGGGAGCCUUAGUAAGAUUCUGGUAUCCAGUGGUCUACUUGGAGCGCCCCCCUCCGGGUUACCGCAAGUCCCCUGCCUUGAGGGGUGCAGAUGCUGCUAAUAUGCUAGUCCACAGGGAGCUCCUGCAGUGUGAGAGGUCCCUUGCCAGCCUCUAUUGUCGGAGGGCUCUCUUGAGAGUGAAGCAUGUCCUAGACGAUUCUAGAGAGGAGGUGGUGAAUCAUCUGUACCUAGUGAAUGCCGAGUGUUUUGCUGAGCCCCUCUCCGAUGGACUGAGUACGACCACUAGUCCGGAUCUUGCCCCCUCCCCCACUGCUGCCCUCCACACACUCGCACUGUCACCUAUGCACACGUUCUACUCUGAUGUGGACAGAAUGCACACUGAGCUGCAGCAAGCCAUACAGAUGUCAGCUGACCUGGUGGCGCUCUCUCAAGACCUGUGCGAUUGCUUGCAGCGAGCCCCUCAGAGUUUCAGCUCUUCAGAGCUCAAAGUGACGGAGAGCAAGGAGGCCUUUGAUGUCACUUAUCCUGAUGCUGCCUUCAUGCUCGUAUCUUGUGUGAAUGACGGCUCUGCCACUUCAAGACCUCCAAGCUCAACCUACAAGUACCCGUGGGCACGCAUCCUCUGCUACAGGGGUGGGCAAGGAAAGGGGGGCAUCCAACAAAUGCAAGAAGUUGCUCGCUACCCGAACGAAAUGGUUCAAUUGUCAUCUACCCAGUACUGUGGCCCGACAUACCCCUCUCUUAUGCUUCCGUUCAGUCGUAUCCACGUUAAACUAGGGGGUUGUAACACACGACCUGGCAAAUCCCUGAACAUUCUCGCUCUACCAGCCGGAGUCCCACUAGCUCUAGCCUUCUCGGAAAUAUUAUCAAAACAUGCAGUGAAUCUAUACAACAAGGACAAGGGAUCAAACCAUAUUAUGGAUUGUGGAAAGGCGCUGUGUGUAUGUCUGGAGGGUCUAUGUAAAGUGGUAGCUCGGCUCAGCUGUCCUCAACUGCUCAAGAUUUUAUUGUUACAUCAAUUGACCGAUAUCCUGUGGACACUUUGUUAUAUUUUCAACAGUGAUGUUAAGAGUAAAAAGCCUCAAAUGUAUUGUUUCCCUGGCGAAUUCCUCCAAAGUAUCCGACAAGAACUGAUAAAAGUGUUCGAAAAUGAAACAAUCAAGUUCCAAGGCAAAAACAAGCCAUCCGUGUUUCCUCCAGCUGGUAGUGUAGCUAGCGGUGGGUCUGGUAAAUUCUCCACAUAUUUCCAAGCCAUUUUUGAGUUUGUACUCUCUGCUGCAAAAUAUCAAGAGCACUUUCAUAGUGUAGAACUACUUCCUACCAUGUCUCCCGCCACUUCUCUUAUUGUGUCUCCACCCAGUGUAACAAGGUCCACCUCUUCUGAAGCCAGACCCACUGAUUCAACUUCAUCAGCAGCACCACCAUCUAUUGCUGAGUUGACCAAGAAGCCCUCGAAAAAAUCUCGUUCUCGGAGGUCGUCAAAGCGUGAUUCCCAAAGCGAUUCGUCUUCAAAGAAAAAAGAAGACUGGUUGUCUAGCGUCCACACGUCUGCGUCUCUCUUAAGAAGUGUCGUAUUAGAGCCAUCUUCCAGCCCUGUGUCUCAUGAAGCCAGCCUCUCUUGUCAGUGGAAGUCAAAGCCCACCUCUCGGUUGGUGAUUGUCACAGGUAUCGAUCAGCGUCUAAAUGUGGAGAAUGUACAGAAGGGAAUUCAAAAGUUAUGCAGCAUGUAUGGAGGGCUGUAUAGAGAUCAACUUUAUCUCCCAACUGAGGAAGUCAGUGAGGAUGUUUUCAGUAACAAAGACGAAACAGAAGCUGAAGAAAGUCAAGCGAAAUCGACAGAAGUGGAGAAUAUUGAAAAGAGCAAAGACGAUAUAGAUUCCAUUGAUGUUGGUGUGAAAGAGGUAGUAGCAGGUUGUGCUUUGUUGGAAGUGUGCUGCUCCACUCAAGUGUCUCAGGUUUCAACUGCACUUCUAUCCUGCCCUGCACUGAAGAUAGAGGACAGCUCUGUACAAGUUUGCACCAUCAGUGAUGGUCUAAAGUGUGGAGAUGACAAGUUGGCCAACGAGGUCCUUGUGAACUUUCUGCGAGAGAAACUUAUCAAAGAAAACUCAUUGAGUGACCAAGUACAACAAAUGCUAUCAGAAAUCUUUGCUUCGAGCAAAGCGAGGGAAACAGACGCUUUGAUUUCGAUUUCUUCUGUGUCGAAUAAUUUACAGCAUUUUGUGAAUGGGUGUGCAUCAGAGGCUGGCGAAACGGCUGACGAGUUGGUUCGUCGAGUGUGGAAGAGCCAUGGUAAUGAAGAGGGGUUGCUCUCAGAGGACAAAUUUGUGAACUGGGUGUGUGAGCGUGUGAAACUGGUAACGGGUGAGGGUGUGAAAGCAGUGUGGCUAGGACUUCUGGCCUGUGGAUAUGACUUCCAUUUUGAGAGGUGUGGUUUCUUCCCUUUCGAUACGUUGUCGUGCCAACUAACAGAAGCACAAGACUAUGCUAUCGUACACUUUGUGGAUUCGAUGUGUCGUAGCCUAGCAACCACUGCUGAUAGUAUCGAGCCAUGGGACAUCAGCCUGUCAGAAGCUCAUGUGACUAGUCACCAACUAUCUCCACUACAAGGUCUAACACUAAAAGACGUUCGGAUGAGAUUCCUUCAAUUAAAGCACCUCAACAAUCAGCUGUCGCCACUAUUCUCUGUCCUUGACCUCCGCUGCACUCACCCCCUCUCCCUCGGCUGUCUACUCUCCAAGACGACACCAUUUCUCUUCUACGAUAGAAAAAUUUCCAUAUUCCAUUCGAUCUUAAAUGCAUCAACUAGACGAUCGUUUGACCAAGCUCCCCCAGAGAUUAAAAUGGACCCCCUGGAAUCUGUGUCUGGAUUGGCCAAUGCCCCGUUGAGCACGCAUUAUUGUCAGGCAGCAGAGCAACUAUCCAGUGUUCCAUCGGCACAGUUGUGCAUCCCUCUGGCCAGUGGAGGAGACCCCACGUAUGCCUUCAAUGUCAAGUUGUCCGGAGAAGAGGUCCAUGGAACAAGUGGUUCGUUUCGCCACUUUCUAUGGCAAGUUGUACGAGAGUUGCAGUCAUCAGUGCUGCCCGUCCUCCUGCCCUGUCCCAGCGGGGCCACAGGGGUCAAUCAUGGCAGAUACAUACUCGCCACGGGUCCCAUGACCUUCUCUGAAGAGAAACUGCUACAGUUCUUUGGACAACUUCUGGGUGUUGCCAUCCGUGCUGACAUGCCAAUAGCACUAGACCUGCUCCCUUGUUUCUGGAAGUCAUUAAAAGGGGAGCCUCUCUCAUUAUCAGACCUUAAAGAAGCCGACUGUGUCACGUACAACUUGACAGCCCGUAUCCUCGAGUGUAGCUCAGCAGAAGAGUUGGAGGAGGUGGUGACUGGUCUCCAUCAUGGAAGAGGUGUGGCAGAUGAUGAGGGAGAGGAGAAACGAGUUGGGAUGGAACAUGCCCACCUCACUGGGCUUAAGUUUGUGUUUACACGACUGGAUGGAGCCGAGGUGGUACUAUGUCCGGGAGGCAAAGAGAGACGAGUGGAGUACUCAAGUCGUGAGGAGUUUGUGAGUGGUGUGCGGGAGUUGAGACUUAGAGAGCUUGAGUGCUAUGAGAGGAUGCAAGCUGUAAGGUGUGGAAUGGCGUCUGUUAUCCCUCUGGAGCUGCUGAGCCUCCUCACUGCACAUGACUUGGACCUCAGAGUGUGCGGCCUGCCUCAUAUAAACCUUGAGUAUCUCAAGAGACACACAAUGUAUCAAGUGGGGCUCAUGGAAACAGACAAACAUGUACAGUUUUUCUGGCAUGCUUUAGAGUCCUUCUCACAAGAUGAGUUGAGGAAAUUCAUCAAGUUUGCUUGCAACCAGGAGCGCAUCCCAUUUGGCCAUCCCUGUCGGGAAGGGAGCAAGGAUCAAGUCUUACAUGUGCCCCCUUACCCCAUGAAAAUUGCACCACCAGAUGGAAAAGGUCCUCCGGACAGUAGGUACAUCCGAGCAGAGACAUGUAUGUUCAUGAUAAAACUGCCACAGUAUUCUAGUCAAGUAACUAUGACUGAAAGGUUAAGAUAUGCAAUACACUGUAGAGAGGACCCACUCAGUGGUUAACCAUUUUUAUAUAGGUGAUUUAAUUUAUUAUUGUGUUGUGUGUCUUCAUGACCUUCAUUUUAGCAUUGAAUUGA